GCAGACCCGGGAUCAGGAAACCCCUCCAGACUUCUUCUACUUCUCCGACUUUGAGAGGCACAACGCUGAGGUAGCAGCUUUUCAUCUGGACAGGAUCCUUGACUUCCGGAGAGUUCCCCCGGUGGCAGGGCGGCUUGUCAACAUGACGAGGGAGAUCAGAGAUGUGACGCGGGAUAAGAAGCUGUGGAGGACCUUCUUCAUCUCUCCAGCCAACAACGUGUGUUUCUACGGCGAGUGCUCGUACUACUGCUCCACUGAGCACGCGCUGUGCGGGAAGCCGGACCAGAUCGAGGGCUCGCUGGCGGCCUUCCUGCCCGACCUGAACCUCGCCAAGCGCAAGACCUGGAGGAACCCCUGGAGACGCUCCUACCACAAACGCAAGAAAGCAGAGUGGGAGGUGGACCCAGAUUACUGUGAUGAGGUUAAGCAGACUCCUCCAUACGACCGAGGCACUCGCCUGCUGGACGUCAUGGAUAUGACCAUCUUUGAUUUCCUAAUGGGUAACAUGGAUCGUCAUCAUUACGAAACUUUUGAGAAGUUUGGAAAUGACACCUUCAUCAUUCACCUAGACAACGGAAGAGGGUUUGGAAAACACUCCCAUGAUGAGCUGUCCAUCCUGGUGCCUCUCAGUCAGUGCUGCAG